AUGGCCCUGUCCCAGGCCACGGCCAAUGGCCAUGUAUCGUCUCCGCUGCCGGAUCAAUCGACUUCUGUCGAAAUUUCCUCACGAACCGACAUCUUCAACGCCAGCUCCGUCGCCGAGAUCAAGGCUGCCUUGUCCCGCCUCCACAAUCAAGAAGCGGCCGUAACUGCCCGCCUCGAUGCCCUGGUGACCUCGCAGAAGGAUCUUUCCCGCGAACUUGGCCGAUUCGAUCUCUUGCGUGCCAAUAUCGGUACACAGACUAGCACCACACGAUCGAUCAGCCAUGGAAUGCUCUCCGAGGCCGCUGGGACCGCUGAGCGGAUCUCCAGCGCAGUGCGCAGACUCGACCUUGAACAGGCUCGGGUCAAGGCUACACUGGAGGUGGUGGAGCAAGUGGCUGAGCUCAAGGCGUGCGCAUUGGGUGUUGCGGGGUCAAUGGGUGCUUCCCAGGACUGGGAGACCGCGGCCAGCUACUUGCAUCGCGCUGCGCAAGUUCCCCCGUCUGUGGUCAAUGGAGCUUUCGCAGCUGAAAUGGUGCCGACGGCCGAGGUCCCUGACCCGCCUAGUGUCACGUUGGACAAUGCGGCCGAAUCGCUGUGUGGACUGUUCCUGCGCGAAUUUGAUAAGGCCGUCAAGGAAAACGACGGGGCUAAGAUUACUCGCUUUUUCAAGCUGUUCCCUCUCAUUGGGCGGUCUGAAGUCGGUUUGGAUGUCUACGGUCGCUAUGUUUGCCAGGGUGUAGCAGCCCGGGCUCGUGGAAACCUGAAUGCUAGUACUGGAGCUCACAAAGAUGGGUUCUUCUACGCUAAUGCAUUGACAAAGCUAUUUGAACAUAUCGCACAGAUCAUUGAUGGUCACGGCGGGCUUGUUGAAAGACACUACGGUCCAAGGAAGAUGGGACGGGUCAUUGAACGACUUCAGGUCGAGGCCGAUGUGCAGGGUGGCAUCAUUCUAGACACCUGGAGUGAUGAGAGGCAUGUCGAUCGCAAAUUGAUGGACAUCAAGUCAUAUGCCUUUACGUUCUUGGUGCAGAGUUUCCUCCCUGCUCAGCGAACGGGCCCGGCUCGUACACAGUCUCCAGCUCCUGGUGCCAAUGCAGCCACCGAGGAUGAAGGUGUGGACAUGAAGGAAAUUGACGGAAUCCUGAACGAAAUGGCCAUCAUGCUUGGUCGGUGGUCACUAUACUGCCGGUUCUUGGCAGAUACAUGCAAUGCUCCUACAAAUGAGGAAAUCGAAGAUGAUGACAGCAGAUACAUUCUGCCUAGUUUCUUGCAAGAGGCACCUCUGACACAGAAGAUCAACGACCGUCUGAUAUCUCCUUUCAACGCCAUGACGACCUUCUUCUUCCGCCGAUCAGUAGAAAAGGCCUUCCAACUGGACGAGUCUCCUGCAGGCCUGAACCUGAACCUCCACACACCACUACGGGCCGACCCACCGUACAUGACCUCCGCCGUCGACGACAUAAUGUACAUCGUCAACAAAGUGAUCCAACAAUCCCUCGCCACCUCCCAAGUAUCAGUGGUAACCAACGUCGUCCCAACCCUCUCCCGCGUCCUCGGCUCCGACUUCAUAGGCAUGACCCAACGCAAAAUGCGCGACGAAUGCUACCCCCGCGCGGCCGUCCAAGGCGGCCAACCCCCAGAACAAACAAUCUGCUCCUUCCUCGUCCAAAUCAACAACCUCGAAAUUGGAGUCGACUACAUCCGCCGCAUUGUGCAAAACAAUACCGGCGCAAAACAAACUCUCACUCCAGACUCCACCCCCGAUGUCACAGACCACCUCCUCGCUCUCUUCCCAGCUCCCGCGUCCGCUCUCCGCGUCGCACGAACCCUGCACUCUUUGGGCUCCUCGUUCGAGUCCAAAGUCUCCGACCUCCUCACAGACGGAAUCCAAGUCAUCUUUAACAACGUAAUCAAACAUCGACUCCGUCCCAUUCUCGCAGACGCCUUCCGUGAUAUCGAAUACAUGCCCGAAGACCCAGACGAAGAAUACACAGAUGAAAACAACAAAGAACUCGUCCGUCCCCGCUUCAGCACAGGCUGGACAGAGCUUCUCCUCCCUUUAUCACGGAUCCUCACACAUCAAGCAUUCGACCGUCUCUUGACCGUGACAAUAGCGUAUUUCGUGCGUCUUCUCGAGAAGAGAAUCUGGUCUUACCAAGGCCGAAUUAACCCCCUUGGAGCGGCGAGGCUGGAAAGAGAUAUCGCUGGUCUGGUUGGUGCGGCUGUGGAUGUUGGAUCUGGAUCCGGUGCCCCGGGAAGAUAUCGGCAUCGGGAGACCUUUGCCAGGUGUGUGCAGAUGACUUUGAUCAUGAGUAUGGAUGAGGACGAGUGGGAUGAGAUUAUUCGAGGUGGAGAGGCGGCUGAGGUUGUUGAUAAGUUGAGUAGAGAGGAGAGGGUGAGGGUGAGGGCUUGUGUUAGGAGGGGGUGA